CGUGCAGAUGGGUUUCAUGUUUGAGUUAACUACAUAGUAAUGCACGAUUCUGAAGCGAUUUCUGUGCACUGUGAAUGUAAUAUAUAUUAUGUAUUUAAAAUGUUGGAGGAUCGAUUCCACCGAUAUUAGCUAACAAUGCAGAUUCAUCUCCGUGUUUGCUGCGAACGAUUCAGCCAGGUUUGCUCAUAUGCUACCAAAGCUGGCUGAGAUGGACCACCCUGGACAUCAAAUACCCAACAGUGCAGCAAUGUUAACAGGCUUAACGUUGUUUUAUGCCUCCAGUAACACAGCAAUGCACGAUGCAAAGGGCUGCAAACAACUGCCAAAUUAGAUAGAUACAUCCACAUGAAGGUUGCCUUCCACUGUAAUUCCUCUACUAUUUCACUCAUGGCGGACCGAAGACCCACCGCUGGAUUUCUUUAUUGAAACUUCUUCCGCUGACAGAACCUGUGACGUAAACAUCCGUUGCCAUGCGUAUCAGUCUCUGCCAAGGCCUGUUGACUGGUGCCAUCGUCCUCAACCUCCUCAUCCUGUACUAUGUGUCCCGCACUCAGCAGCAAAUGAUGGACAAGAGGAAGGAGCUCGGCAGGGGGGGCCCGAGGAGGGCCGCCCUUCCGGCCUCCGGUCUGGACGGAGGCCUCGGGGCGCCCGGCGGAGCCGGCGGUGACCCCGGAGUGGUCGGAGGGGACGGACACGGCCGCGGCCCGCGUGUCACCGUUCUUCUCAGGGAGUUUGAGAACUUUGAGAAUUACGUCGGGGACGUGGCGAACUCUUUCCUCCGCCAGAGACCCGAGCUCCCCUUCCUGGCCGUGGCCGACGAGUCUCCGUACCCUCCCCUGGUUCUUCCGGAGGGGGCCCGCCUUCUGGUCCUCUCCCCCAGCCCGGACCAGCCCCCGCAAGCCCACAGGCCGGAGUUCCACGUCCAGACGGAGUUCGUGCUGCUGGUGCCCGACGGGGUGGAGUUGGAACAACCUCGGGCCAUCGAGCGGCUGAUCAGGGAGCUGGAAGGUGAGGGCGGGGGCCCCGUCAGGCUGGUCGCCGCACCCGUGCUGACUCGCUCCGCCGUGCAGUGUCUCCACCUGCGGGUGAACCUCAGGGAGUGGACGGCCACCUACUCGCCGGCCGCGUCGGGGAGCAGCGGGAGCGUGUGUUCGGCUCUCCAGGGCGACGCCGUGGUCCUCGUCCGCACCGAGGACCUCUUCAACCUCUCGGUGCCCGUGGGGCGGCCCCUCUUCCCCUCGCUCUUCGUCCAGACGGCCCUGAGAGGCUGGAAGGUCAAGCUCCUGGAGAGCCCCUGUUUCGCCGCCAACCACCGGCCCCUCUUCAGCUCCGCCCACAACCAGUGGAAGGCCGACACUCGGCUGAAGGAGGCCACGGGGAAGCUGAUGAGGAGCUUCGGUCUGAAGCGCCUCCUGCUGCCCGACGGGAAGGAGCAGUGGUACGGCUGCAGCAAGGAGACGCCGCGCUGCUUCGGCACGGUGCAGGACGACACUCCGGAUUACCUCUAUCUGGACCGCUGGACGCCUCCGUGCUGCCUGCGUGCGCUCAGGGAAACCACCAAGUACGUCAUCAAUAUCCUGGAGACCUCGGGCGUGCGCUACUGGCUGGAGGGCGGGACCCUGCUGGGCGCCGUCCGCCACCAAGACAUCAUCCCGUGGGAUUACGACGUGGACCUGGGCAUCUACCUGGAGGAUGUGCCCAACUGCGAUCACUUGAAGAACCUGGACUCGGGCUCCCUCGUGGAUGCCAACGGCUACGUGUGGGAGCGGGCGGUGGAGGGAGACUUCUUCAGGGUCCAGUACAGCGAGGCCAACCACCUCCACGUGGACCUGUGGCCAUUCUAUCCACGUAACGGCGUCAUGACCAAAGACACGUGGACAGAGCACAAACAGGACGUGGAGUUCCCGGAGCACUUCCUGCAGCCGCUGGUGCCCAUGGCUUUCGCCGGCGUGACGGCGUACAGCCCCAACAACCACCGAGGCUUCUUGGAGCUCAAGUUCGGGGAGGGGGUUAUCGAGAACCCGCAGUAUCCCAACCCCUCCAAAAAGAGGCUGGACAGAAGCAAAUUAUGAGAUGAGAGAAACACACAAAAAAUCCCUUUUAAUGUCUCAAUUUAUUAGUCUUUUUAAACGGCGUAAAAGAUGACGGCUGAAAACUAAUAUGACUGCAUUUUAUGUGAAUUUUACCCCCAACGAUAUCACCAGUGUAAUCUCAUGCUUGGUCAUAUCUUUACUUUUAUCAGUAUUUGAAUGCAAAGUCAAAACUUGGGACUGACUUUUUUCAAUUUUUUGGGGAGAUUUUGUUUGCGAGGCAUAAACGCUUGAACGACUUUAAUCCAUGCACUUGUAUUCUCACCAGGCAUAUCUUAUAUCUUAGAGGCAAUAACUGGUUCUACUACAUGGUGUACUGGAUCGGUACGUGUUGUACAGUAAAGUAUGAAUAUGAAUGCUGUAAAGAUGGUAAAUGCUUUAAAAUUAUAUUGAUAUUGUCCUUUGGUUGAAAGCUGCAGUGUAUAUUAUCUGAAUAAGGAUUUAAGGUUUUGGACAGAAUUGUCUUUCAAGUGAUUUUGCCCAAACAAUUUUAUUUAUUUGAUGUAUUGAUUUUGCACUGGUACUUCGGGUUUAUGAAUGAAUACUGUAUACCGACGCCAUUCGUUACCAAACUGCUGUAAGCGUGGUGAAAAUCAACAAAACUGGUCAUUCAUGGUCAUUUUUUGGCAUAUGGAGAGGAAAGCAAUGUUCCAUCAGGCCUCAGUAUUCAGUUAAAAAGUGUACGUUUAUAUUUAUUUAAUAAUUUAAACAGCUCAUGAAUAUUAACUCUAAAGCUCACGUGUGUGUUACUACUGAUCGCCCACGAUGUAAAAGUUGAAAUGUAAAUCCAAUAAUUAAUCAAAGAUAUUGCAGAAGAGAAGUUGUAGAUAAAAAGCGCACCGAGCCUCUCCGGGUACAACAGGUGUUGUGUUGUUAUGUGUGUCAAGUUGUCACUCCAAUUCAUGAAAUGGUAAAAAAUAAAAUAAAAGGACUCGUUACAGAUGGA